UCAUGUACACAACGCGUUGUUUUGUUUUGAUCAGGUGCAAAUAUGGUCUACUGUCAAGCUUUCGGUUGCAAUAAUACUACAAAUACUGGGUGUAAAAAGCAUGGAGUAAGCUUCCAUGCUAUUCCAGAUCCUCUUAAAAGGCCAGAGGAAUGUAGGAAAUGGAUUGCUGCACUCAAAGUUGAGAAAUUUGACUUCAAAACCUACAGGUUUAACAGGAGCAAUGUGGUGUGCAGCGAGCACUUCGUGGAGAGCGAUUUUGUGGAGGACCUCCGAGCAAAGUUGAUGGGAUCCAAGGAAAAGAAGAGGCUGAAAGAUGGUGCCAUACCCUCAGUUUUCGAUUAUAGGCCUUUGCCUAAACGAAGAAGACUGUCAGAAGAUAGGGACGCCAAAGUGACAGCGAAAAGGUACCUGCAGUCAGUUCUGGAAGAACCUGUAUUGGAGGAAUCAGUUCCAAGCAGCAGUUCAACUUCAUCAAGUUUCAAGGCAUCUUCUUCAGCGUCAAAAUAUCCCGAGUUGCUUGACACCAAUCUUGCCUUUCAUGAGGAACCUGAUUCCAUCUCAGAUGUACAUGAUCCCACUGCUUCAGAUGUACAUCUACAAGCAGGAAGCCAUGAAAAACGUUACAAGUCAAGGCGGCGGCGGAAACGAAAGAAGAUUUCUUCAGAUGAUGAUAAAGGAGAUCUGGUUAAAGUUCAUGCAAGCUGCCAAACAUUCCACUCAGGUGUAAAGAUGACACAAGACAACUUUACACAAUGUCCAGAAGACUUCUCAUAUGUCACUGAUGAGCACAAGUACUCGUGUGGAAGCACCCAACUCCUGAAACCAGUCAUCUCAUUCUCAGCUGUAUCACAGCCUUUUGCAGCUCAAGAGCAUAGCCAUCCGUCAACUCCAGAAGAAGAACCAGAAUUUCAACAUGUAUCUGCACGUCUCCCUUUGACAAAUCACUCCCCUACACCAUCUGAACCCAGAUCAGCAACGUCUCAUCUGCAAGAAGUAUCAGAUCAAACAGAAGAUACAACAGUCAGUCCAGCAACUCCAACAGAGCCAAUGGAUACAGCAGAUUCACCAGCCAGUCCUGUCUCAUCUGAUUUUGAAAGUAAGAAGAACUCCAGUGAUUCAUCUUAUGAACCAUCAUCCGAAGAGAGUUCUUCAUCUGACUCAGAUGAUGAUGAGCCAGAUGAGCUUAGGUUCUGCAAGGAUAGGAAAUUUGUUGUGUUUGAAUCUCAGCUGAACACCCUUCUGUAUAGUAUGCAUUGCAAUGCUUGUGCUACUGGAUACAUUGCAGAGUUGAAGAAGCAAUGUGUGGGGACAAUGCUGAAGGUUGAUGUUAUCUGUAUCUGUGGUAAUAUUGUUACCAAGUGGGUGUCUCAACCCACUAUCGGACGUCAACCUGUUGGAAAUAUCCUAUUUUCAGCAGCUCUUCUCUUGAGUGGCAGCUCCUAUGAAAAAGUGUCAUUUUUCUGGGAGCUCUUUAAUAUCCAGUACAUUUCACAAAAAACGCACAAUGAAACCCAGAGCAACAUACUACAGCCAGUCAUCAAUACGUAUUAUGAACAAGAGAUAGAAGAACAACAGCAACAUGCUAGAGGGGAGCCAGUGACGGUAAUUGGUGAUGGAAGGUGUGAUUCACCUGGCUAUAGUGCCAAAUUUUGUACAUACACAAUGAUGAACAUGAAAACCAACAAGAUUCUGGGGAUGGCCUUGGUUUCAGUGAAAGAAGCAACAAGCUCCGUUGGAAUGGAGAAAAUCGGAUGCAGGAGAGUUAUGGAUAACUUACUAGAGAAUGGGAUUGAUGUCGCGGUGUUUGCUACAGACAGGCAUGUGGGCAUUCGCAAAAUGAUGAAGGAUGACUUUCCAUGGAUUGACCAUCAAUUCGAUGUUUGGCAUCUUGGGAAAUCAUUCCAGAAGAGGUUAUUAGCCAAGGCAAAGCUGAAGAACUGUGAAGAUCUUGGGCCUUGGAUCAGAGCAACGUCAAACCAUCUUUGGUGGUCAACACAAAACUGUGAGGAAGACCCAGUUAUGUUGGUGGAGAUGUUCCAGUCCAUGACCCAUCAUGUGUGCGAUGUACAUUCUUGGAUUUCAGGUGAUAAGUUUCACAAGUGCGCUCAUGAGGAACUGUCUGUCGAAGAUGAAGAAGAGACAAAGUGGUUGACACCUGGGUCAAAAUCACAUGAAUCUCUCCAGUCAGUCCUUUUUGACAAAAGGCUAGUAAAAGACAUAAAGCAGCUAUCAAAAGCUUGUCACACUGGGGAAUUGGAAGUGUUCCAUAACCUCUACCUGAAGUAUUGCCCAAAGAGACAGCAUUUCUUCUAUCCCGCCAUGCUAGCUCGCACCCAGUUGGCGGUACUAGACCACAACUUCAACACUGGUAGGAAACAAGCAACAAUAAAAAAGCCAAGAAAAGGGUCCGGCCAGAAGGGUGCUCUCCGGUACAAGUAUGCCUACUCCAAAGCAACCAAAACUUGGAUUGUACGGAAGGUUCCAGAGGAUAAGGAAUACACCUACUUGUGGGACAUCUUAGUGGGUUGUCUGCAGAUGAAGAGUGGCAACUUCGAAGUUCAACCUGCUAACAUACCACACCUUCCUCAAAACAUAGCCCCUGUCCCAAGACCACCACAAGAAGAUCUGCUCGCUCAUUUUACCACUCGAUUUGCCAAAUAAAAGAAUGGAUCAAAGUCUUCAUGGAUCAUUACGGAUGCUACAUGUACAAGCGACAAUAUUAGGAGUGAAGAUCUACAUUUUCUGGCAUGUUAUUCAAGAGACAUUUUGAACAUGAAAUUCAUGAAAUCUCAGUUGGUUGACAAUUUCCGGAAGGGUAGGGGUGUUAAGCUGUAAUGUUAAAGAUUUCAGUAGAGUGAGAAUGGCUAUAAAUUGUGUUUUUAUUUCAAGUUAUUAGUCAUUUUGAAAAAUUUUGCUUGUUUUUCUUUUUUUAACAGUUAUAUUUUGUUCAAUGGUGGAAACCAUCUAUUUACCAGUGAUAAAAAAACAUCGACAUUAGAAUUGGUGGGCAAAUUUUAAAACUAUGGCAUGAUUAGUUUGAGGUAUGAUGAUAAUUUGUGUCAUGAGUUGCCAGUAUGUCCAUGUUACUUUGUUCGCAAAAGUGUACCAUUGAUUUUUUAAUAAAAUGACAGAUAUGUGAGGACCUGAUGAAACAAAUUUUCCAUCUAUUGACAGAAUUUAAAAUUACCAAAGUAUAGAGAAUUCACUCUGAAGAACCAGAAUGUUUUUGAUGAGGUUUCCAUGGCGGUAUGGACAAUCACAGAAUUGGGUUACCAGUGAUAAAAAAACAUCAUCGACCUUAGACAUGGUGAGCAAAUUUUAAAACUAUGGCAUUAUUAGUUUGAGGUAUGAUGAUAAUUUGUGUCAUCAUGUGGGUUAGCAACAGACUAAGAAAAUAGAGGUACAUGUAGAGGUGAAAUGGAAAAGUGAGAAAGUGGAAGGUUGGAAGAAUAUCUUUCAGAAAUUAGUGUACAUGUAGUCUGUAUAAAGGGACUUGAACUCAGACAAAGUUGAGAGCCUCUAGGAGCAGCAGAGAUAACAAAUUUCUGCAUAUAUAUUUGCAUUUGACCCAUUACAUAACUCUCCAAUCGAAUACAUGGAAAUUAUUAAAAGUUAUUAUGAGUUUGAAAGUCUGAAGCAUGGCAACAGAUGUUUUAUUUCAGGAUUUACAUCUUGUGGUACAGACAAUCAAUGAAAUUUUAUGUUAAAAUUUCCAUGCCAAAAUUUGCAAGAAGUAGAAACAGUUUCUAGUCGGUCUCAAACUGUUUUGUGUGAUUUUUAAUAGACAGUAUAUGGUUGACUACACUACCCAUAUUCUUUGAAAGUGUAAACAGAAGAAAUAUUGUAUAUAUGUAGUAUUUUCAUUUUUUUUUUCAUUGAUGUUUUUGAAGUAUUUUUUCUGUUCAAUGUAUUACCCGUCAGUGUGAUUGCAGGGCUGUAAACUUGUUAACAUUUAGCAUGAACCCUUGAACUAUCUCUACAUAAAGAAAGGAAAUGGAUAUAUGCAAAAAAAAGAAAAAGACCCGCCUGGGUAAUCUGCACUUUCCCAUUUGUAGCUGGUUGUGCAUGAAGUUUUACACAAAGUAUGUGUACAUGUAUUUGAGAAUUG